AUGAAUAUGUCUGAUGUGAAGUCGUCCUUGAGGUACUCCUCGAAAAAAAGUUUUUCUUACGAGAAGGAGGUAUCCUCUACAACCCUCCAAAUAACAAAAAAUCGGGAUGAGAUCAUAAAGAACAAGGUGUACUGUCCCAUCGAGCUGAAAAAUGUUUACAAGUUGCUGGAGGACAGUGAUCAGCUGUUGAGGAAUCCGUUUGACGGCAUGCCGUGGUAG